AUAAGCUUCUUCGCUACUUGCGCAUUUGCCUGUUCGUCUCCUUUUGUUCAUCUCAGAUCUUUCUAGGGUUAGGGUUUCGGGAAGCUACGAUCUGGCAAUGGCGGCGACGGCGGCGCAAGCGGGGCUGUUCGGCUUCAAGCCGCAGGUGAUGGUUCCCGGUGGGAAGGCAGAGGCAGCGGUGAAGUUCUACAAGGCGGCUUUUGGGGCGGAGGAGCUGCGGCGAGUGUCGCACCCCAAGCGCAAGGCCGACCAGGACCUUCCUCUCAUCAUCUCCUCCGAGCUAAAGAUCGGCUCCUCUUUUCUGCUCGUCGGCGAUCGCUUUGAUGAAGGGGGCGAGGAUGGAUCUGCGCAAUCCGGCGGUGGGGUCGUGUUCCGGCUCGAAGCAGAGGACGUCGCCGAGGUGGUGAAGAAGGCGGUAGCUGCUGGUGCGGUCGUCGUAGGCGAAGUGGCGGAGGAUGAAAGUGGCAUCGUCGCGACGGUGAAGGACCCUUACAGUGUUGUUUGGGUCAUCGCGGCUGCCGUGAAAAGCGCCGAUCCAGAAGCUUGAUCUGGUCUCACCGAUUUACUACUUUAUCAUAGAGUAUAUCUCUUUUUGGGAAACAUUAAUGAACUCGAACCGUAUGUAAUAGCUAGCUAGUAGGCCUCAGAGAAACUGCAUUAGUCAAUGUGGUUUUCUCUCGUAACACUCGAUCUACUAACCUGAAGGACAUCAAGGUUACUGGUUAAAUCAUUCCCUAUUUUGUGAUGCUUCUAAUCAUCCUUCUUUUGCAGGAAUAUUAUAUAUCGGGAAGUUUUAAUCCCUUCUCUUUCGUUUAUUACUUGCUUUUUUCCUUGAUAUCCGCUUUAUUUUUUUCUUAUAUUUUUUUGACUCGUAUGCUUUUGAACCCUCUUUUAUCUUGCAAUGGUUUUAAGUUUAGAUCUACGCUUCUAUAACUCUAAUUCUCUCUUUGGUCUUGCAUCUUCAUCAAGUACGUAUCAUUAGUUCUACAACACUAAUUUUUGCCAUUAACUGGCUGAUGAUUCCGGCAAGUUCCUCUGAUCGUUGUUGAUCUUUCUUCUUUUUAACUGAUACCUUUGUGGUUUGGCAUUGCCUUUUAGUUGUUUGCAAUUAACUAAUUUUGCCAGGUGAUUUCGGCAAUUUGUCAUCUAGGCAUUUGGAAGCCUUCAGGAUGAUCUCGUUUCGCAGGAUGAUCUACUCAUCACCAAGAAUCUUUUGUUGGGUCUUUGUUAUUAAAACUGUUGCGUGUUCUGGACGCUUAUAUCUAAUUCUCAUUAGUUUUACCACUGGCCCAGGUGAUGUUAGAGAACGGUAGGAGAAAGACGGGAAAGGGGGCGACAAGAACUGCGUUGAGUAGUUGGUACAUCCUCUUCUCGUGAAACUCCCAAGUAUAAAUGCUAAAUGUCAGUGUAUUGUCAGGGGGGGAGGCGGAAUCGGUGUUUUGAUGGUGUCAGUAAAUGGCAGGAUCUCCAAUGUUUAAAGCUGAAACUUUAAUUUAUUUUUGGUCCAGGAAAUGGAAAUCUGAAAUUAAA